CGAUGAAAAGGGGGGCUGGAAAUCGGGGGUGAAGGGCUGGCCGUUUUUGUUCCACUGGAGAAUCCUGCUUGAACGGUGAGCAGGAAUAUAACAGACCACAAUACCAAACUGCGCCGCGGGCAUUUCGAGUUGUCAAUCCGAAUCAGGACAUUUCCGUAAGGGUGGACUUGAAGAUUGGAAGGCGAUCUUUGGGGCCCUUGUCGGAGCACUGCUUUGGGAGACCAGCAAGAAAGCUAUUGUCGUUAGCUACAACUCUGCGGGUCUGGGGGUUCCAGAAGGGGCAGGGGGCGGGGGGUUACCGAGGAAGGAAAAGAUUGAACGCUGAGAGGAGGCUGGAAGUCUGAAACGCUUCCAGCCUGACGCGGCCGGCGUUGUGGCGAUAUAGCUUUGAACUGUGUGUUGAACCCUCGCGGCUAAGUGGAUGGGAUGGAGCCGGGACCAUCUGGCGCUGUGCCCAUGGGGCCUUACCCCCCUCCCCUGCAGCAGGUGUUUCAGGCCCCGCGCCGUCCGGGGAUGGGCACUGUGGGCAAACCCAUCAAGCUGCUGGCCAACUACUUUGAGGUGGAGAUCCCCAAGAUGGACGUGUACCACUACGAGGUGGACAUCAAGCCUGACAAGUGCCCCCGCCGAGUCAACAGAGAGGUAGUGGAGUACAUGGUGCAGCACUUCAAGCCUCAGCUGUUCGGUGACCGGAAGCCGGUGUACGACGGCAAGAAGAACAUCUACACUGUGCUGGCUCUGCCUAUUGGUAGCGAGAAGGUGGACUUCGAGGUAACCAUCCCGGGUGAGGGGAAGGACCGCAUCUUCAAGGUGUCCAUUCGCUGGCUGGCCAAAGUGUCAUGGCGGCUGCUUCAGGAGACGCUGGUGAGCGGCCGGCUGCAGGUGCCCCUGGACUCGGUGCAGGCGCUGGACGUGGCCAUGCGACACCUGGCCUCCAUGAGGUACACUCCAGUGGGUCGGUCCUUCUUCUCUCCCCCGGAGGGGUAUUACCACCCCCUGGGCGGGGGUAGGGAGGUGUGGUUCGGCUUCCAUCAGUCGGUCAGGCCAGCCAUGUGGAAGAUGAUGCUCAACAUAGACGUGUCUGCCACGGCCUUCUACAAAGCACAGCCAGUUAUCGAGUUCAUGUGUGAGGUCCUGGACAUCCGUAACAUCGACGAGCAGCCCAAAACACUCACCGACUCCCAGAGGGUCCGCUUCACCAAGGAGAUCAAAGGUGGGCCUAUAACUGGUCUGAAGGUGGAGGUGACGCACUGUGGUCAGAUGAAGAGGAAGUACCGCGUCUGCAACGUCACACGUCGGCCCGCCAGCCACCAGACGUUUCCCCUCCAGUUGGAGAGUGGGCAGACAGUGGAGUGCACGGUGGCCCAGUAUUUCAAGCAGAAGUACAAUCUGCAGCUCAAGUACCCCCACCUGCCCUGCCUGCAGGUGGGGCAGGAGCAGAAGCACACCUACCUGCCCCUGGAGGUUUGUAACAUAGUAGCAGGUCAGCGCUGCAUUAAGAAACUGACUGAUAAUCAGACCUCCACCAUGAUCAAAGCCACAGCCCGCUCUGCACCGGACAGACAGGAGGAGAUCAGCCGGCUGAUGAAGAAUGCCAACUUCAACCUGGACCCCUACAUCCAAGAGUUCGGCAUCAAGGUGAAGGACGACAUGGCGGAGGUGACUGGACGAGUGCUGCCUGCUCCGAUCCUUCAGUACGGUGGACGGAACCGAGCCAUCGCCACUCCAAACCAGGGCGUGUGGGACAUGAGAGGGAAGCAGUUCUACAACGGCAUUGAGAUCAAAGUCUGGGCCAUCGCCUGCUUCGCUCCACAGAAACAGUGCCGCGAGGAAGUGCUCAAAAACUUCACCGACCAGCUGCGUAAGAUCUCCAAGGACGCUGGGAUGCCCAUCCAGGGCCAGCCGUGCUUCUGUAAGUACGCACAGGGAGCGGACAGCGUGGAGCCCAUGUUCCGACACCUGAAGAACACCUACGCCGGCCUGCAGCUCAUCAUCGUCAUCCUGCCCGGCAAGACCCCGGUCUACGCUGAGGUGAAGCGGGUAGGGGACACCCUCUUGGGAAUGGCCACUCAGUGUGUUCAGGUGAAGAACGUGGUGAAGACGUCACCUCAGACCCUCUCCAACCUCUGCCUCAAGAUCAACGUCAAGCUUGGUGGCAUCAACAACAUCCUGGUGCCACACCAACGGUCGGCAGUGUUCCAGCAGCCCGUCAUCUUCCUCGGGGCAGACGUCACUCACCCACCUGCCGGGGACGGGAAGAAGCCCUCCAUCACUGCGGUGGUGGGCAGCAUGGACGCCCACCCCAGCCGCUACUGUGCUACGGUGCGGGUGCAGAGGCCGAGGCAGGAGAUCAUCGAAGACCUCUCGUAUAUGGUGCGUGAGCUGCUCAUUCAGUUCUAUAAGUCCACACGCUUCAAGCCCACCCGCAUCAUCUUCUACCGGGACGGCGUUCCAGAAGGACAGCUGCCACAGAUCCUUCACUAUGAGCUGCUGGCCAUUAGAGAUGCCUGCAUUAAACUGGAGAAGGAUUACCAGCCAGGGAUCACCUACAUUGUGGUGCAGAAACGCCACCACACCCGCCUCUUCUGCGCCGACAAGUCCGAGAGGAUUGGGAAGAGUGGCAAUAUUCCAGCAGGCACUACCGUGGACACCAGCAUCACUCACCCCUUUGAGUUUGACUUUUACCUGUGCAGCCAUGCUGGCAUUCAGGGCACAAGCCGGCCUUCCCACUACUACGUGCUGUGGGAUGACAACCGCUUCACGGCCGACGAGCUGCAGAUCCUCACCUACCAGCUGUGCCACACCUACGUGCGCUGCACCCGCUCCGUCUCCAUCCCUGCGCCAGCCUACUACGCUCGUCUUGUGGCCUUCCGCGCCCGCUACCACCUGGUGGACAAGGAGCACGACAGUGGGGAGGGCAGCCAUGUGUCGGGUCAGAGUAACGGCCGGGACCCCCAAGCGCUGGCCAAGGCUGUGCAGAUCCACCAUGACACCCUGAGGACCAUGUACUUUGCCUGAGCACACACCCACAGCUCGACCUCAUGUCCUUUAUCAUUACAUCCCACCAAGACUGGAUGCGGCACCAGACGCUUCCUGGCCACACAAGCACCCUCCACCCCAGCCCACUCCCCACCUCUCAAAUGCACCAUAUCAGACUUCAUACACACUAGUGCAGCGGCAGAGGUGGCCUUCAACACAGCACCUUGUCCCUGAAACGAUAUGAAGAUCGUCAUGAUGAAGAUUUGUCUGUUUGGAUUUACUUAGCAGGCCCACUAUACCCCUGCAAGUUCCUCUCUUUUUCUUUUGAUUUCUUUAUUUUCAUACUUUUCUUUUAAUGAAGAGUUCAACGGUAUUAAUGAUGUGUAUACCUUUGCCCUUCUGUGUAUGAAAUGUAUGCAUGUAUGCAAUAUGAAGAGGAGGACUGGAUAGGGAAACCUAUGAAGAUAUUUUUGUUUUGUUUACUUUUGACUGCCACCACAACUCUGCCUCAAUCAGCUUCCCUUGCCGGAGAACAGUGUUUGCGCCCCUUUUGAACAUUUGACACACAUGCAACACACACACACACACAUUGUGUUCAUUUGACACACAUGCACGCAUGCAACACACACACACACACAUUGUGUUCAUUUUAAAAUUUUAAUUUUAUAAAUGACUAUUGUUACAUUUUUAUUGUUUAAAUGGAAAAAGUAAGAUUUUUUUUAAUAUGGCCUUUAUGGAUGACAAAUGUAAUGGUACAUUAGCACUUAGUGUUAGCAUUGUAGACCGCUUAAGCCCAGCGUCCAUGAAUUGUCUCUGUGUACGACUUGCAUUAGUGUGACCCAUUACACAGGCUGGGAGCGGGGAACAGGCUGUAGCAUUGCUGUAGGUGCAGAGAGCACACUCUGAUUGUGCACUCCACUAGGACAGUGUCAUUUGUAGCCAAACUUUGUAUAGACUUAGCUAGCGCCAGAUAAUGGCAAAAAUUAGCCAAAAAAGAAAGAAAAGACGAGAAGAUCCUUAAGUAAAAAAGAUAGAACAGACCAAUGAGUGCUUUAAGUAUUAUGCUCAGCGCACCCAACACUGAAACCAGCAUUGUAAACCAGCCAAAUGUGAUGCCAACCAUGCAGAGUGCGGGGUGCGAGCGUCACGUGAUGCCAACCAUGCAGAGUGCGGGGCGCGAGCAUCACGUGAUGCCAACCAUGCAGAGUGCGGGGCGCGAGCAUCACGUGAUGCCAACCAUGCAGAGUGCGGGGCGCGAGCGUCACACGUGAUGCCAACCAUGCAGAGUGCGGGGCACGAGCAUCACGUGAUGCCAACCAUGCAGAGUGCGGGCACGAGCAUCACGUGAUGCCAACCAUGCAGAGUGCGGGGCGCGAGCGUCACACGUGAUGCCAACCAUGCAGAGUGCGGGCACGAGCAUCACGUGAUGCCAACCAUGCAGAGUGCGGGGCACGAGCGUCACAUGGGGGGUGCUGCACCUCACCUAUUUAUUUAUUUUCCUGUAACUGAAUGGUCCCUUCCUCUAGAGGUGGAAUAUAUAUGCUCUUGUUAUUUUUUAUUUGUUUCUUUCUUUUAAUACUUGUUUUUAUUUUGUCUUUGCUGCCAAAACCAGUAGGUCUCAAAACCAUACUGACCAUUAACACCUAGUCCUUCCUAUGCACAUGCCAUGACAGCGCAAUCUCUACAGUAUCCCACAGGUGAGGAGUGAGCAAUAUGCUAUAUGCAAAAUAAAAAUGCUGUUUUCUCCCCAAAUGAAGCUUGAAUGCUGGCAGCCACACUCGCGGACACAGGCCUGUCCAUGACACAACCUUGACAGCGGACCAGCAUUUUCUCUUGCCUCUCUUGCGACACCCACUCGUGUAGUGUACAUUCCAGCAUGUAGAGAAGGACGCAGCGGACAGGUGCAGCACUGGCUCACACGCGCGUAGUGCAAUGCAUGAACAAAGACCAUGUUCAAAACCAGUGCGGAAUUGUUUCUGUUUCUUUUUUUUUGUUUUUGUUUUGUUAUGUGCCACCAUUGCUUGGCUUCAGGCAUCAGAGCUCCAUUAUGCACACUCUAGAAGCCCCUAUGCACACACUAGAAGCCCCUAUGCACACUAGAAGCCCCUAUGCACACUCUAGAAGCCCCUGUGCACACUCUAGAAGCCCCUGUGCACCUUUGUUGAUUUCCCAUGUAUACCAGUGCACCGCCUUAAACACUGCCACUUCUUUCCAAAAACGACACACACACACACAUUUUACUGGCCUGUCUCCCUCGGUCACCCUUUGCAUCCCCAGGCCUGUUGGCUGCAGACGCCCAAUGGUGCGCUGUGGGCGUUGGCCACACAGAAGCGAGCGUCUGGCCUCGGGCCGUGGGGUUACGAGCAUCUCAUCUCAAGGCUUUGUAAACUGCAUGUUCUCGUUAGUGGACACUGGUGAAAGUUGACCUGUGCACCUUGUUUUUUUAUUUAGCAGAUCAUGUCUCAAGUCCUGUAGACGAGCUGGUGGAGCUCUGUACUCUGCCUCUUGUAUGUUGCCUCAAUCUGAAAUUCAUUUUUCCCUCUCUUGUUUUUGUAACGGUUAAAACAAUUGCACUUGUAUUUUAUCAUUUGACUUGUUUGUUUUCUUUACAGUUGUGAGUAGUGUCGGGCGUUGUCCUCAAGGGGGAGCUGUGGAAAUGUCCCUUUUGAUUUGGAACUGCCUGCCUCACAGCACCUCAAGGUGUCAGAUUCAUACUGAGGGUGCUCGUUUAAGUCAAAAGGGAUUUUUGUUUUUUGACAGUCAGCCAACCGUUGUUUUGACUCCUGUUUAAUAGAAUAUUAUGGAAUCAAAAUGCCUUUGUAUAGUGUUGUACCAAUCCUGUGUCUCUGAAGGUGAUUUGUAUUUAUAAGUUGAUAACUUUUGGUUGCAUUGAUAUAGACUGAGUACAGAAUUCAUCAGAAAUCUAAGUGAUAACGAGGUAAGGAUUCAGUCAAGAGAGGGGGGCAGGAUCUAAAUGACAUUCAUUUACAGUGGUAUUCAGCCAUGUGAUUACCCUCUGUUUAACCUAGAGCCAGUGUUUCCUGUAGACCAUAAAUAUGAUUUCAAAGAACGAUGGUUCCCCAUAGAGGAACAGUAGCCCUGUUUGCUGCAUAGUUGGACUGUUCUACUGCCUUCUCUAUGUGGAUGCAGCUUGUAAGGCAUUAAUGGGUAAUAUGAGGGGGCCUGAGGAAUUUGGACAAACCUCCCUUGUAAUUUGUCAUGGGAGCUCUCACCCUUUCUGAUGCACUCAUUUCACUCUCCUCUGAAACAGGCAUUGUAUACAGGGCAAGACAGUUUAGAGGUACAUUAUCAGAGGGCUCCACUUUGACCCUCACAGAUUUAAGCAAUAUAAAAUAGCCACUGAACAAGUCCUUGUCAUAGCACUUCCCAGUAGAUCUGAAUGAAAGGGCACAAGCAACAUAUUUUGGCUGUGUAUGUCAUAGUAAUGGGACUUCGUUGGGGAGGGUUAUUUUUAAAGAAAAUUAAAAAAAAAUGUUUUUUAUUAA